AUGCCUGAAGAACCUAAUAUCAGUGAACCACCACCUCCUCCACAGUUACCGCCACGUACAGGCUAUUUGACCAAACUAGGGCUACCUCAAGUCACCCUUCGGGCUACCAUAGUUGGAUUACUCAUUGGAUCGGUAAUUCUUAUAUCGAAUUUUCAAUUCGGCUUGCAAACAGGUUGGGUAUCGAUGAUGUCGUUACCAGCAGCAUUGCUUGGAUUUGCCGUGUUUAAGUUAACCCCUUUGUCACAGAAUUUUACCGACGUGGAGAAUGUAUACAUACAGAGUAUUGCAGUGGCAGUAGGCACAGGGCCUCUAUGUUACGGGUUUGUUGGAAUUAUACCCGCCAUUGAAAAGUUUAUGACUAGUGACGAAUCAGGUUUGGGGAGACGUAUCACCUUUUCAACUAAGGAGCUAAUCAUAUGGUCAAUGGGGUUGGGGCUUUUUGGUGUAUUCUUUGCCAUUCCCUUGCGGAAACAAGUCAUUGUCAAAGAAAAGUUGCCCUUUCCCUCAGGGAGUGCAACAGCGACACUCAUAUCUGUCUUGCACGGCACUGAAAUUUAUGAAAGUGAUAACGAAGAAGAGGAGGAAGAUGUUACCAAGACUACAAAUGGAUCACCUUUGCGGCAGCAAACAUCAACAACUCAGCUUAUUGAAUCUUCAGAUUACAACUCCAACAUGAGGUCCUUGACAUACACCUUUGUUGUCUCCUCGAUUUACACAUUGGCAUCCUUCUUUUUCCCAAUUUUGAAAAAGGUUCCUGUUUUCGGCACAUGGGCAUCAAAACAAUACUUGUGGGACUUUCAACCAUCGCCAGCAUAUAUUGGUCAAGGGAUCAUCAUGGGUUUACCUACUGUCUCGUACAUGUUGUUUGGUGCUAUUUUAGGUUGGGGUGUUUUAGCUCCAUUGUCAAAGUAUAUGAAGUGGGCCCCUGGGCCAAUCAAUGAUUGGGUGACAGGAGGACAGGGAUGGAUACUUUGGGUUAGUUUGAGUAUCAUGGUGGCAGAUUCAUUGGUGUCAUUUGUAGUAUUGAGUACAAAAUCUGUGCGAGACUUUGUAAAAGACUACCGAAGCCGACAAGAGUCAUAUACACAAGCUUUGGAAUUACUGCAGUCACUUUUAGACGAAACAGAAGGAAAUAACGAUGGAAGCAAUAAAACCACCAUUUGCAAACUAGAUCCACUUGAAGUACCAAAAGAGUUUCUCGUGUCAAAUAAGGUAGCUUUGAUUGGCACUUUGUUGUCCACGAUAUUGUGCGUGGUUACCAUGCGCAUUAUAUUCGGGAAACUCGUUCCAAUCUAUGCGUCACUAACUGCUAUUCUUCUUGCUAUGUUAUUCAGUGUUCUUGCCACUAGAACCUUGGGUGUGUCAGAUAUUAACCCCGUGAGUGGCAUUGGCAAAUUGUCGCAACUCAUUUUUGCAUUCAUCAUUCCAUCAAAUCAUCCUGCGAAAAUAUUAAUUAAUUUGAUUUCCGGUGGUGUGGCAGAAGCAGGGGCGCAACAGGCUGGUGACCUUAUGCAAGACCUUAAAACGGGACAUUUAAUUGGCGCCUCGCCAAAGGCCCAGUUUAUUGCUCAAAUCAUUGGCACAAUUUUCUCAGUAUUUCUCAGCUCCAUCAUGUAUCAGAUUUAUAUGGCGGUGUACACAAUUCCAAGCGAAACGUUUAGAAUUCCUACAGCUGUUAUAUGGAUUGACUGUUCACGCUUGGUCACUGGCGAGGGCUUACCCCCGAAGGCAAUGGAGUUUGCCAUUGCGUUUGGUGUCAUAUUUGGCAUGAUUUCACUUUUAAAGAAUACAAUGUCACCAACGUCGAGGUAUUACCCUUAUUUGGUGUACCUCCCCAAUGGGGUUGCAGUUGGAGUUGGCAUUUACAAUACACCCAACUUUACCCUUGCCAGAUUCAUUGGAGGCUUGAUUGCUUACAAUUGGCACAACAUAAGCAAUAGAGGCAAAACGAGUAUGAUCAUAUUCAGCAGUGGAUUGGUGCUUGGAGAAGGCUUGUUUAGUGGGUUCACCAUGCUACUUACAAGUCUAGGAGUCAAACAUUUCUAG